AAAGGCUGGGGGACGGCAGGGACCUAAGACUCACUGGACACCCAACACACACACACACACACACACACACACACACACACACACACACACAUCCCUACUUGCCAGUCUCAGCCUCCAAUGUGUCCAACAGACCCACGACGGAACCCUUCAAACUAGGACAGUCUCUGGCAGGAGCUGCAGACCACCUACCUCCCAAGACCCUGUCUCUUCCCUGCAGACAUGGGCUCCCUGUGGAACUGGUGGACGAUCUGGACUGGAGCAACCCUCCUGUGGGGGCUAUCCCAGGAGGCCUCUGUGUACCGUGAGAACCCCAGAGGAGAGGAAUUCCUCGCAGUGUUCAUGCAGAACUUCUACGCAGGGUCCACCGAUGCCAAUCUCCAUCUCCUGGUCACCAGCAUGUCCAACAGAGUGGCCUCUGUCUCUGUCCUCAGCCAUGCAGAUGACACCUCUCAGAAGGUCACCGUGAGACCCGGGCAGACAGUCAAGGUCAACAUAGGAGACAAGGCUGAGAUGGUGGGCAGUACCACCUUCCGGCACGCAGUGGUGGUCCACUCUGACCAGAGGGUCUCUGUGCAGGCCGUGAACUUCAAGCCAGAGACAGCAGAGCUGACACACCUGUGGCCCGUCAGUGCCCUGGGCACUGAGUACUUUGUAUUCACACCCCCCAGUGCUUGGGUCGCACCAGAGUUUGCUGUGGUGGCUGGUGCCACAGGUGCCAGGGUCAGCAUGAAGCUGAAGGGGGCAGUGACGUUCAAGGGCAAGUCCUACCCUGCAGGUCAGGUGCUGAGUGUCUCCCUGCAGCCCUAUGAGGUGGCCCAGGUGCAGAGUGAUUCUGAUCUCUCAGGGUCAAAGGUCACAUCCAGCAGCCCUGUGGCUGUCUUCUCAGGUCACACCUGUGCCCAGAAACACACAACCUGCAACCACGUGGUGGAGCAGCUGCUCCCCACAUCUGCCUGGGGCACCCACUAUGUGGUGGCCACCCUGGACUCUCAGAAUCUCUUUGACCUGGCCUAUGUGGUGGCCAGUCAGCCCACAAAGGUGACCUACAAUCACGGGGGCACCACUGGCUCCCGGCAGCUCAAGGAGGGGCAAGUGGCAGAGUUUGAGGUCCAGCCUUCCAGGCCACUCCACCUGACUGCAGACAGGGGCAUCCAGGUCCUGCUGUUGAGCACUGGGGCCCUAACUGAUGAACUUGCCUAUGACCCCUACCUGGUCCUGGUCCCAGAUGUGGCUUCCUACUGCUCUUCCUAUGUGGUCAAGGCUGUGCCAGACUCUACUGGGGUGGCCCUGGUGGUGGCACCAACCAAGGCUGCUGAACAGCUGACCCUGGACACUCACUCACUUAGGAACCAGCUCACCUGGACAGCUGUGCCAGGCAGUGAGUUCUCCUUUGCGGAAGUGGCCCUCGGCUCUGAAGACACAAACCACAUCGCCAAGGCUCCUGUCAACUUCGGCCUGCUCACCAUUGGACUCGACCAGGCUGUGGGCUAUGGAACAUCAGCUGCUUGUGUCCAGAGAACAACCCAGGAGGUGUCCACGAAGCCUGGGAGCACCGGAGGAGCACAUGUGCUACCACCAAGCCAGCAGAACUUGAACUCUGGGUCUGGCCAGGCCAGCCUGCAUCUCCUGGACAGCAGCCCAUCAGCCACCCCUGGUUCCGGCCUGAGCCAGCCAGAAGACAGCUCUCAGGAGAUCACUGCCACACCUGACCCUUCCACCAUGCUCAACAACAAUGACAAGCCCGGGCUGUCUGAAGGGGCUCCCUCUGGCCCCAGCGCCUCUGUGCCGGGUGGAAAGACCAAGCCCCAGGCAGCAGGGCUGACCCACCUGCGACCUGUCGGUGCCCUGGGCACUGAGUAUUUUGUGCUCACACCCCCCAGCUCCGGCAACCUGAAGGAGUUUGCCGUGAGGGCCGGCCCCACAGGUGCCAGGGUCGACAUCCAGCUGAAGCUGCCAGUGACAUUCCAGGGCACCUCCUACCGUGCGGGCCAGGUGCUCAGUGUCACCCUCAAGCCCAACCAGGUGGCCCUGAUGCAGAGUGACUCUGACCUCUCAGGCUCCAGGGUCACAGCCAGCAGCCCUGUGGCUGUCUUCUCAGGACACAACUGUGCCCAGGAAGACUCGACAGCCUGUGGCCGAGUAGUGAGGCAGCUGCUCCCCACCUCAGCCUGGGGCACCGACUAUGUGGUGGCCAGCCAGAACUCUCAGAAGCCCUAUGACGUGGCCUACGUGGUGGCCAAGCAGACCACAAAGCUGACCUACAAUCACGGGGGCACCACUGGCUUCCGUUGGCUCAAGAAAGGGGAAGUGGCAGAGUUUGACAUCCAGCCUUCCAGGCCACUCCACCUGACUGCAGACAAGGGCAUCCAGGUCCUGCAGUUUGGCACUGGGACCUCUAGGGACGGUGCUACCAGUGACCCGGAGCUGGUCCUGGUCCCAGAUGUGGCUUCCUACUGCUCUUCCUAUGUGGUCAAGAGCAUGCCAGGCUCUGAAAGGGUGGCCCUGGUGGUGGCACCAACCAAGGCAGCCGAGCAGCUGACCCUGGACACUCACUCACUUAGGAACCAGCUCACCUGGACAGCUGUGCCAGGCAGUGAGUUCUCCUUUGCAGAAGUGGCCCUCGGCUCUGAAGACAAGAACCACAUCAUCAAGGCCCCUGCCAACUUUGGGCUGCUUCCCUUUGGAAUCCAGCAGGCUGUGGACCAUGUAGCAGCAGCAUCCUGUGGUCGGAGGAUGACACAGGAGCCCACUGUAAACCCUGAGGACCCCAGAGGAGAGGAAUUCCUUGCAGUGUUCAUGCAGAACUUCUACGCAGGGUCCACCGACGCCAAUCUCUAUCUCCUGGUCACCAGCAUGUCCAACAGAGAGGCCUCUGUCUCUGUCCUCAGCCAUGCAGAUGACACCUCUCAGAAGGUCACCGUGAGACCCCGGCAGACAGUCAAGGUCAACAUAGGAGACAAGGCUGAGAUGGUGGGCAGCACCACCUUCCGGCACGCAGUGGUGGUCCACUCUGACCAGAGGGUCUCUGUGCAGGCCGUGAACUUCAAGCCAAAGACAGCAGAGCUGACACACCUGUGGCCCGUCAGUGCCCUGGGCACUGAGUACUUUGUGUUCACACCUCCCAGUGCUUGGGUCGCACCAGAGUUUGCUGUGGUGGCUGGUGCCACAGGUGCCAGGGUCAGCAUGAAGCUGAAGGGGGCAGUGACGUUCAAGGGCAAGUCCUACCCUGCAGGUCAGGUGCUGAGUGUCUCCCUGCAGCCCUAUGAGGUGGCCCAGGUGCAGAGUGAUUCUGAUCUCUCAGGGUCAAAGGUCACAUCCAGCAGCCCUGUGGCUGUCUUCUCAGGUCACACCUGUGCCCAGAAACACACAACCUGCAACCAUGUGGUGGAGCAGCUGCUCCCUACAUCUGCCUGGGGCACCCACUAUGUGGUGGCCACCCUGGACUCUCAGAACGUCUAUGACCUGGCCUAUGUGGUGGCCAGUCAGCCCACAAAGGUGACCUACAAUCACGGGGGCACCACUGGCUCCCGGCAGCUCAAGGAGGGGCAAGUGGCAGAGUUUGAGGUCCAGCCUUCCAGGCCACUCCACCUGACUGCAGACAGGGGCAUCCAGGUCCUGCUGUUGAGCACUGGGGCCCUAACUGAUGAACUUGCCUAUGACCCCUACCUGGUCCUGGUCCCAGAUGUGGCUUCCUACUGCUCUUCCUAUGUGGUCAAGGCUGUGCCAGACUCUGCUGGGGUGGCCCUGGUGGUGGCACCAACCAAGGCUGCUGAACAGCUGACCCUGGACACUCACUCACUUAGGAACCAGCUCACCUGGACAGCUGUGCCAGGCAGUGAGUUCUCCAUUGCAGAAGUGGCUCUCGGCUCUGAAGACACAAACCACAUCGCCAAGGCUCCUGUCAACUUCGGCCUGCUCACCAUUGGACUUGACCAGGCUGUGGGCUAUGGAACAUCAGCUGCCUGUGUCCAGAGGUCAACCCAGAAGGAUUCCAUGAAGCCCGGGAGCACCGGAGGAGAGAAAAUGCUCACACAGUUCCUGCAGAACUUGAACCCUGGGUCCGGCAAUGCCAGCCUCCAUCUCCUGGACAGCAGCCCAUCAGCUACCCCUGGUUCCGGCCUGAGCCAGCCAGAAGACAGCUCUCAGGAGAUCACUGCCACACCUGACCCUUCCACCAUGCUCAACAACAAUGACAAGCCCGGGCUGUCUGAAGGGGCUCCCUCUGGCCCUAGCGCCUCUGUGCCGGGUGGAAAGACCAAGCCCCAGGCAGCAGGGCUGACCCACCUGCGACCUGUCAGUGCCCUGGGCACUGAGUACUUUGUGCUCACACCCCCCAGCUCCGGCAACCUGAAGGAGUUUGCCGUGAGGGCCGGCCCCACAGGUGCCAGGGUCGACAUCCAGCUGAAGCGGCCAGUGACAUUCCAAGGCACCUCCUACCCUGCGGGCCAGGUGCUCAGUGUCACCCUCAAGCCCAACCAGGUGGCCCUGAUGCAGAGUGACUCUGACCUCUCAGGCUCCAGGGUCACAGCCAGCAGCCCCGUGGCUGUCUUCUCAGGACACAACUGUGCCCAGGAAGACUCGACAGCCUGUGGCCGAGUAGUGAGGCAGCUGCUCCCCACCUCAGCCUGGGGCACCGACUAUGUGGUGGCCAGCCAGAACUCUCAGAAGCCCUAUGACGUGGCCUACGUGGUGGCCAAGCAGACCACAAAGCUGACCUACAAUCACGGGGGCACCACUGGCUUCCGUUGGCUCAAGAAAGGGGAAGUGGCAGAGUUUGAGAUCCGGCCUUCCAGGCCACUCCACCUGACUGCAGACAAGGGCACCCAGGUCCUGCAGUUUGGCACUGGGACCUCUAGGGACGGUGCUACCAGUGACCCGGAGCUGGUCCUGGUCCCAGAUGUGGCUUCCUACUGCUCUUCCUAUGUGGUCAAGAGCAUGCCAGGCUCUGAAAGGGUGGCCCUGGUGGUGGCACCAACCAAGGCAGCCGAGCAGCUGACCCUGGACACUCACUCACUUAGGAACCAGCUCACCUGGACAGCUGUGCCAGGCAGUGAGUUCUCCUUUGCAGAAGUGGCCCUCGGCUCUGAAGACAAGAACCACAACCUCAAGGCCCCUUUCAACUUUGGGCUGCUUCCCUUUGGAAUCCGCCAGCCUGUGCACUAUGGGACAGGAGCAUCCUGUGGUCAGAGUGAGUAAUAAGCUGUGACCCCUGAC